UACAGGUGUCAGCCACCAUGCUUGGCCUCUUUCAUCCCUCAUUCUUCCCUUUUUCUCACCACCUAUAUCCAACCAACGCUGUGAUUGAAUUUGCCUCCUAAAUACCUCAUAUUUGCUCAUUCAUGGCCAUGGCCACUACCCUAGUUCAAGCUGCUGUCAUCUCUUACCUGGGUUAUUGCAAUGCUUCCUAACUGGUCUCUCACUCAGCACUCUUACCUUGGCUUCCUGAACUUCCCAUCCGUUCUUCUGAUCAUGUCACUCAUCCCUGUGUACAUGGCUUGCUCUAUCACUAAGGUUAGUUACCUCUUGGUUCAAGAUGGCUGCUAGAACUCCAGCCAUCAUAUCUUAAUACAGACCAAAAGAAAAAGCACAAGAGCCAAAAGGGGGACUCUUCCAGCUGAGUCAGCUCCCUCCAUUUAAGCAACCUUCCCAGCAGACCCAAAUAACACUUCUACUUAAAUCCAGUUAGUCAGAAUUUGGUCACAUGGUCAUACAAGGGAAGCUGAGAAAUAGUUUUUUGUUCUGGGUGGCAAUAUACUCAGCUAAAAAUUGAAGUUCUUUCAAAAUUUUACAUAUAGCAUUAUAUGAUCCAAUUUAUAUACCAUUCUUGAAAUGACAAAAUUAUAGAAAUGGAAAAUAGAUUGAUAGUUAUCAGGGGGUGGGGAGAGAAGGAAGUGACUGUGGCUACCAAAGGGUAGCACCAGGCAUCCUUAUGAUAGAACUGUUCUGUAUCUUGACUGUGGUGGUGGUCGUCAUGAAUCUACACAAGUGAUAGAACUGCAUAGAGCUAAAUAUAUACAUGCACACAUACGCGUGCACACAUGCAUAUGUUCAUGUAAAACUGGAGAAAUCCAAAUGUCACUAGAUUGUAUCAGUGUCAAUUUCCUGGUGUGAUAUUGCACUACAGUUUUGCAAGAUGUUACCAUUGGGGGAAACUGGGUGAGGAGUAUAUGGCAUCUGUACUAUUUCUUACAAAUGCACGUAAAUCUACAGCUGUCUCAAAAUAAAACAUUGAAGAAGCAAAAAUGAGAGAGGGGAGGUGUCAUAAGCAACUAGUGUCUCUGCCGUAAAUCUAACCUGUUCCCCGCUAUAAGAAGUCCAAGGUUCUCAGCAUAAUCGAGGCCUUCAUGACUUGGCAGUAAGGUGCUUCCUAAGCAGUCCAUACCUUGCUGGGUUAGUGCUGACUGCAUUAAAGCAUCGACUUCUAGAGAGCAGGCCCCAAAGCUGUGGCUGGUAUUUGUGAAGCACUUGCCUCUUCACCUACACGGCCCUGAAGAGAGCCACUGAAAUGGACAUCUCUUACCUUCAGAAGCCUCUGUUCUGAGAAAGCACCGGUAUUUGCAGGCAUGUUGCCCACUGAACAGAGAAUGAAAAUGGCUUUGUCUAAUUGAAAGGGGCAGUGAGCAAAGAGGGACUUUGGAGACCUGCAGGUUGCUGUAGUGACUGCAGUGACAGCAGGAAGUACUGAAGCAUAUUUCCAAGUGGUUUUUAAAGAACUCCAUCCUGUCAUCUUUGUCCAUGUUCUGGAGCUCUCUUCCUUAAGGCAUCAGCCAGCACCAGCUGCUUUCUCACCCCUGGGCAGACUUGCUGAACCUCACUGUGCCCCCAUGGGGAAGGAAUUAAACCACUUGUCAGGAGCUUGUGCUCAGCCGGAACGCUGCCCGAGGCUUUUCCACAACAGCUCUCUGAGACUCUCGGUUGCCCCGAGGAGGGACACACACGUUGCAGGGCAGGUGCUGCCAGCUGAGGGGUGCUGCGGGCAGCCAGGCCUGAUGGAAUGUGAGAGGCUUCUUGGGCUACCGGUCUGGCCGUCCCAGUCCUGAACCCAUGGACUCCCAGGGAAGUGGGCCGGGGGUGGGGGCUCCAAGGAUGGGCUUUAGGGGUUUCAUGAAUUUUCUAAACUUGUAGGCAGAAUUCCCUGUGUGCUUUUUUCUCCAGGAAGAAUGUCCAUAGCCUUCAUCAGAUUCUCAAAGGCAGCCACAAGCUCCUAGAAGCUGAGAAUGAGCCCCAGUGAUACAGAGAGUGGGAGGCUGGAGGAGGAGUGCUGAGGGAGUUGAAGUUUCGCUCUGCUCAAGCUGGAAGCACCUGAGGUGGGCCCCACACGUCCCUCUGCUGUCUACAUCGCCCUGUUCUCUCUUCCCUACCACCACCCAGGAGCUGCUGUUUUACCACUUGCCAGGAUUGAAAUUCGGGGUUCUUACUGGGACUGAUGCCCUUGGCCAUGACGCACCCCCACCUGCUGUCUGCUCAGGCGUAGCCUGCGUGACUGAGCCACCACUGCUCCAGCUGUUUCACCUGUUAUCUGUCCUGUGCCGAACACCUCCAAUUUCCCCCACUUAGGCUGGCCCAGUCUGGAGCCAGAGCCAGUCCUCAGCCUUCAGGAAGCCCCUGGGGCCUGGCCCUCCCUGCACCUGCUGCUCUCAGGCCCCCUGCCCCAGCCUCGGGGCAGCUCCAGAAAGACUCUUCCCGGCCCAGCCCAGGGCUGCAGCCACAGCUGGUCCUCAGCCCUCCGCACAUCUUUGCAGAGUUUGAUGGGGCGCCGGGCGGAUGACAGCGGGAACGGUUGUGAUCACUGGCGGAAUCCUAGCUACGGUGAUCCUCCUCUGCAUCAUUGCCGUCCUGUGCUACUGCAGGCUCCAGUAUUACUGCUGCAAGAAGAGCGGAACCGAGGAUGCAGACGAGGAGGAGGAGCGGGAGCACGACCUUCCCACGCAUCCCAGAGGCCCCAGCUGCAAUGCCUGCAGCUCCCAGGCCCUGGACGGCAGAGGCAGCCUGGCACCUCUCACCAGCGAGCCCUGCAGCCAGCCCUGCGGGGUGGCCGCGAGCCACUGCACUACCUGCUCCCCGUACAGCUCCCCGUUUUACAUACGGACGGCUGACAUGGUGCCCAAUGGGGGUGGAGGCGAGAGGCUCUCCUUUGCUCCCACAUGCUACAAAGAGGGGGGACCCCCAUCCCUCAAAUUGGCAGCACCCCAGAGUUACCCGGUGACCUGGCCAGGCUCUGGGCGUGAGGCCUUCACCAAUCCAAGGGCUAUUAGUACAGACGUGUAAACCCUUCCACCCCUGACCCCACACACACCCACACUGCUGCCCUGGCGGGGGCCAUGGCAGUGGAUGACCCUCCAGCAGCCCCACAGGGGCUGUCUCUGUGUCUUUGGCUUUUCUCGCUCCGCAGUGGAGGGUUUGCUAGGAUUUAAGCUUUUGAGUGCAUUGAGAACCAGGACAGGGCCUGGCUCCAACUCUGUGGCCCAGAGGUGGGGCACUGCUAGGUCAAGUCUGCAGCUUCGCCAGUUUCUUGGUUGGGACACUCCUCUGGCAGCCCCAGCACCACCACAACCCCUUGCAGUGUGCCCCAGUCCCCUGAAUUUGCUGAACUGCAAAAAGGAGCAUGGGGGAAAGCUCAGCAAAGGCUCUGGAGCCCUCCAGGGUCCACGGGAGAUGAAGCAUUCGUGCCUAGGAGAAGCGGACAGAGGGCAAGGGAGAAGUGAGAGCUGCAAUUCCAGCAUUGGAGAAGCGAGGGGCGGAGCGUCAACAGCACUGCUUCAGGGGGAGCUUGCUGAGAUGAAUUCAACAGCUAGUUCACAACCAAGUUUUGUAAGUUGGUUACCAUAACUACUGCUGUCACUGUAGCUGCUCCCGUAGGGACGUUGAUUCCUGAACGUAUCACAUCUCACCCGCCCCCUUCCUCGUGGAACACGUCAAGUUGACUUUAAAACCUAAGGUUGCCUGUGGGGACUGCACCAGAAAGUGACUGUCUAACCGUGUUCCCCGAAAUCCUUUCUCUGCCUUAGGAACCAGCGCCCCCUGCUGGAGAAGCUUUUUCAUUUUUGUUAGCCGACUUCUAGUAGCUUAGCAAAGAGACCAGCUGACUGUCUCUCGGCCCAGCCCACCACGCCGAGCAGCUUGCGUGGACGCAGUCCUGUGAGGGUGUGUGCAUGCCCGUUCCCAGGUGUACACACACACACACACAUACACCAGUCACCACGGGUAGGCCCCAGGGGCUUUGUACCUUCAGGAGCUGCAGAAAGGAAAGGUCUCCCAUGUACCAUCGAGAAGGAAAAGUCUGAUACCCAAACAGCUUGAACGAAAGCUGGUUAACGUGGCCAAUCCCCAUGGCAGCCAGUCUCCGUGGGGCGAUGCUGCAGCGGCUGAAACCACGUUAACUCCGCCAGAGCCCGGCAUUCUACGUGAGCAUCCACCCGUGAUGCCGUUGAGCAGGAUCUUCAACCCACCAGAGCAACAGUCCAGUCUUGAGGAUGGGAGGGACGUGACUUAGGGAUUCCACGCUCGCCGCCCUCCCUUGGCCGCCCUACUCCCCAGUCUCCUGGCAAUGAGCCUUUUAUUGUGUCUCACACCAGCCUCAUUUCCAAUUCCGACUUCCCACUUAGAAUGUGGCAGUGGCUUUAUGCUUUGUGAGUAUCUUGAUGAGUUUUCCAGUGGCCUCUGCAGAAGCUGGCCCCCUUCUAAGGGCAUAGCUAACCCCCUCCCACUCCUGAGUCACUGAAUUCAAGGAGGGUGGGGCAGGGAAAGGGCUGGCCCCCCUGCUGAAAUCUUGAUUCUGCAUCUGACGAAGGUCAGGGUGCCGCUGAGGGAGCAGGGAGCGGGCAGGGAGGAGGAGGGGAAUGCACAUCUUUUGCGCCACUAUUAAGGCACCUGUCACCUCACAUCUCAAUCUAGAAUCAGAGUGCCCUGGGUUGAGAAACAGACCUGGGCUCUGGUCACACUUUGGUCACUCAUUAGCUCUAGGACCAGUCACUAGUCUCUUGAGAUUCCAUUUAUUCCAGGGAAAUGAGGCUUGCCCAGAUAGACUAAGAACCUUUAGUGCUCCAAGAAGUGAGAAUUUCCGAAAAAGAUCUGCCGGCCCAGACCACUCCCUCUUGCCCUAAUCCUGGCAGGGCCUGGAUGUAUUUACCCAACUCUCCGAUCUUGUGUGCAGGGAUGCUUGCUGAUGGGUGAAAGACCACCAUAAAACAAGAUUAGCAGCAAAACAAUUUUAAUUGUCAGUGAAAAGCAAGCAUGUUUGUCAGACUCUCCUAUGGAGUCACUUCAAAUGGUAACUUCUCUUGUACCAGGAAGCAGCUGUAGGUGGGGUAAUGGGGUCUGUCUCCUGGCGCAGAGGGGCAGCUUACAGCAGCAGUUUCAGCACGCCCGUCCCACAGCCAGCCCUAACUGGGCCAAGCGCAAGCUCCUGAUGAGCUGCUGGGCCUGGCAGCGUUCCCCACUUCCUAGUGCCUUGCUCCCCUGGAAUUCCACAGCCAAUCAACCACAGCAGCCACGUCCUCGUCACCAGAAAUGACAUCAUUCCUACAUCCUGCCUUCGUAAAAAUCAAGACCCAAUUAACCAUCACCCGCUUCUUGCCCCUGAUCGAUGGGGUCCCUGAGUGCAAGCGUCCUGUGCAAUCCCCUCCCUCCUGCCGCUUUCCUAGCUAAGCCCUGCCAGCCCCACAAAUCACAAUCUGGGUUUGGGGCAUUGGAGAGACAGUGGGCCCCAGCUCUUCCCCACAUAGCCCACGCUGCUCAGGGCACGGUCUCCAACCAGGCUGGAGAUUGCCUGCCUGCCCACUGCAGCUGCAGGGCCCCACCCUGUGGAAAAGGGAGCUCCCCCACUCAACUGCACUGUCCUUUUCUGCUGUCUAGUCUGUGCUAAGGGACACUAUUUGUACUCUUUUCAAACGGUGCCCUAAAUUGGAAGAGAAGGAGGGGCCAGGAACACAGCCCUCUCCGCAGUCUUUCUCCACCUCCACUUCACCACUCCUGCUAUAGACUUCUUGUCUUGCAUCUUUGAUAACUUGGAGUCGCAACCGAGUGAAUGUCGGAAUAAAUGAGAGAUUCGAAGUAGAAA